AUGGAUUGAAUAGAUUCUUACCCGACUUGAUUUUUAGGGUGGACUUGCCCUUACAACAACUCUCCCUUUUGCUCAAUAGUCGACGAUCACUCGCAGUCGCAGAGUCCCCAGACUCCCCACCAAAAUGUUCACCUUCAUCGCCUUCCUUUCGUUUUGAUGAUCCCACCUGAUCUCAUCAUCCAAGGGCCACAAAAGCCGCAAUGCUCUCUCUUCAACUCCUGCCCGCCCUCCUCAGCCCCAAGCCCUCUUCCUCCCUCACCGCCGCAAACCCACCAAAAACCUUUAAACCCAAAACCCUAAAACCCAAACCUUCUCCCACCUUCACAGUCCGCGCCAUCCUCCAAUACAACAGGAAGCCCCAAUUGUCCGGCGACACCCCCCGCGUCGUCGUCAUCACCUCUGGAAAAGGAGGCGUCGGCAAGACCACCACCACCGCCAAUGUCGGCCUCUCCCUCGCCCGCCUCGGCUUCUCUGUCGUCGCCAUCGACGCCGACGUCGGCCUCCGCAACCUCGACCUCCUGCUCGGCCUCGAGAACCGCGUCAACUACACCGUCGUCGAGGUCCUCAACGGCGACUGCCGCCUCGACCAGGCGCUCGUCAGGGACAAGCGUUGGUCCAACUUCGAAUUGCUCUGCAUCUCAAAGCCCCGGUCCAAAUUACCAAUGGGGUUCGGCGGCAAGGCCCUGGUCUGGGUCGUCGACGCUUUGAAAGCCAGGCAAGAGGGCUGCCCGGACUUCAUCCUCAUCGACUGCCCCGCCGGAAUCGACGCCGGCUUCAUCACCGCCAUUACGCCGGCCAAUGAGGCCGUGCUGGUGACCACGCCGGACAUCACGAGCUUGAGAGACGCUGACAGAGUCAUUGGGCUGCUGGAGUGUGAUGGGAUUAGGGAUAUAAAGAUGAUGGUGAACCGGGUCCGGACAGAUAUGAUCAAGGGGGAGGACAUGAUGUCCGUGCUCGAUGUGCAGGAGAUGUUGGGAUUGGCAUUGUUGGGGAUGAUUCCGGAGGACACGGAGGUCAUCAGAAGCACCAACAGAGGGUACCCUCUGGUUUUGAAUAGGCCGCCUACAUUGGCAGGACUGGCUUUCGAGCAGGCGGCGUGGAGGCUUGUUGAGCAGGAUAGUAUGCAGGCUGUCAUGGUGGAGGAAGAGCCCAAGAAGCGUGGCUUCUUCUCGUUUUUCGGAGGGUAGGAAGUGCUGCAGGUGAAUGUUCAGCAGUAGAGGGAAGUUAGUGAUAGCUUGAAUUUUAGAUUUCUAGUUUUUAUUUUUAGGGAACGCAAGAAUUAAUGUGAUGCAUUUGCUUCGGUUGAGAAACAAGUAAAAUUGGUACCUGUCUUUCGAAUAUCCCGGAUUGAAAAGUUUCAUGCUUGAUCUUUACCAUUGAUGAAUUUGUUACUGAAGAGCUCUUUUUCGUUGCACCGAUACAAAACGCUUUAACUUCCAACCCAAUCACUUUCAUCUGUUGGCUCCCGCUUCUCCUCUUCACUACAAGUUCUUAUGGUGCUCUCUUUCAGCCAAGUCGAAGCUUUUGCUUCCUCCAAACAAUUUUCUUCCUGUAGUUGCUUCUCCAUCUAACCAAAUUCACUGCAUACGAAAGAGUAGCUACAAACGGGUUACUUUGCUUCUCCACACCCUGUAAAGCCACCAAACCUCAUGUUCAACAAUCUUCAAAUCAUCCGGUUACCAGAAUCCUUCGUAGGUAACCAUUUGGGGCAUGAACGAGUUUUCUUUUGAUCCCGACAUGAUAAUUUUUAUCUUUUCAAGUCAUGUUUUGUGUGCAUUUCAGAAACAAAUGUGUUCUAAACAAUUUGAAAACACUGGUAUUACCAAAGAAGGGAUGCAUUCAGAUGGCGGGCCAAUUACAGUAGCAGCUAACUCCCUCCCACCAACAUUCUGGACAUCUAUUUCUCUAGCAGCAUAAAACCGUGUGUCCAGGCAACAUACCUCUGUGACUACGGCUUGAUCUGCACCACGGAGGGCAUUAGCGAAGUCAUCCUUCAUUGCUGCUAAACGACUGCAAACAUAUCACCAAUCAGUCCAGCGCGAUUAUAUGAAUCGUGCUAAUGAUACCAGAAACUGUGCUAAAAGGGACUCUGCGUUGUUCUCAUCUUGCGUGGAUACCUGUACAUAUGAGGCUGGAAUACGACCAUAGGAGACUUGACAGGGAACCUCGGGCGUGCAGCUUGAAUAACUGCACUAACUUCUGAUGGAUGAUGAGCAUAAUCGUCAUAUAUACAGUUGCACACAAUCUACAAACUCGGCCUCGCACAACUACUGGAGUAACACUUUGGAAUUCAGAUUUAGGUGUUAUAUAUUAGACACCAAAAAGGUUCUAAUUGCUUCAAAUCAAAUACCAAUUAGCAGAGAUGUAUUCACACAGGAACUCCGACGGACAUUGCAUACAAAAGCAGCUUCAGGUAAUCUCGAGGCGCCACUCCCGUGUAUAUUAGCCACCGAAUGGCCUGUGUGCAACAAUGCCCCUGCUUCCUGCAGCCCGUCCACGAAGCUACUCCAAGCAAUAUCCGAGCCGCUAACCUCAUAACCCUACGAAAAAAUUCAAAGAAAAAGUGUGGAAAUUCAAGAAACCUGAAAAUUGUGCAGUUCUAUGUAGUCUAUUACACUCAUUGAAAUUGACCCAAGUCAAAUGACAUUGUAAUAGUUCCAUCUCGUUUUUAUUGUUUCCUGAACUAAAGAA